AUGUGGGUGCAAAACUACACCAGACAAUACAUUAGUGAAGAGGAAGGCUCCACAUAUGAUCCCAACACCCACCACUGGCCUGAAUCAGUUGACAGGCAGUUUAAUGAGACUUCUGAGAAGACUGAUCACCCAAAGGGAAUCCCAUCGUGGCCACCCGAGGCACGCAGUGGGCCUCUUAUGAUGCCUCCAACAGGAUCCCCAUUUCCACACUACGGCAACAACUCUGAAGGUCCCAACAUGCCCAGGAUGUUUGGGGUCAGUAGCCCACCUAUUCCACCCAUGCCUGACACAACAAUCUGUGACAUGCUGCUAAAUGCACCGGUACCCCCGCCCGCCGACCAGAUCCCAUUUUUUUGCAUCUGUAAAUACUGCAAAGGAACUGUAGGACCCAAAGGAGACCGCGGAGACCGAGGUCUUCCAGGUCCUCCCGGGAGCGCUGGAAGAAGAGGAUUGAUGGGGUUUCCAGGUUCCAGAGGGUUUACAGGCUCUCAGGGGAUAAAAGGCCAGAAGGGAGAAAUGGGGGAAAAAGGAAUGCAAGGUGUAGCAGGUUUCACUGGCACAAAGGGAGAUCGAGGAUUUAAAGGGGACAAAGGGGACCAAGGAUCAAUGGGACCCCCUGGUGCACCAGGCCCUCAGGGGGAAUCUGGUAUAUGCCCUGCCACCUGCGAGAGUGUGCCAGGUGCGCCUGGUACCCAAGGACCACCUGGACCAGCUGGAGCCCGUGGCCUGCCAGGGGUGCAGGGUCCUGAUGGACCCAAGGGCAUAAAAGGUGAUAGGGGUGACAUGGGUUUGCCUGGAAACCCUGGCCGCGAUGGUGAGAAGGGUGAUCGAGGUGACCAGGGGGUGUGUAAGUGCACAAAUGGAACAAAUGGUGCUGAUGGCAAACCAGGGCAAAAGGGAGAUAAAGGGGACAAGGGUGAUACUGGUUCCCAGGGUAUACAGGGCACCAUGGGGUUAAAAGGCAACCAGGGUGAUAUGGGUCUCAUGGGGCCACCUGGGCCCUGCUCUCCAGCCAUCCAGUCAGCAUUCUCCGCCUGUAUCAACGAGUCAUUUCCAGCUCACAAUUUUCCCAUUCCUUUCCCACACAUCCUUACCAACCAGCAAAACCACCUUAACCGAAACGGCAUCUACACAGCCCCCGUCAACGGCACCUAUGUCUUCUCCUUUCACCUGGCAGUUGCUGUGAAACCGCUUAAAGUCGGCCUGUUCCGCAAUUUCUACCCUGUAGCUAAAAUAACAGAAGGAACUGUCCCAUCCACCACAAGCCAGACGGUGGUCCUCCACCUCUACAUGGGAGACCAGGUUUGGCUGCAGGUGAAGGACCCCACCACCAAUGGCAUGUACACUGAUAAUGAAAGCACCAGCACAUUCUCUGGGUAUCUGCUGCACCCCGACUCCUGCGAAUUUCCUUUGGGCAGAAAUCACUAUUUCCCACAGCCACAUCAUGGACACUACACCUGGGAUGGUCCCGAACCCACCACCCCUCCACCAAAUUAG